AUGAUCCUAGACAUUCGAUGCCUCUUUUUUGUGAUAUUGCUCUACUUUGACACGGUUUACACAAGACAGUGCCCUUUCUCGAUUGAGCCACCCUGUCUCUGCACUUCUACAAAAUAUGAAGCAAUUUCGGUGACUUGUGAUAAAGCGACUUCUCUAGAUCAUGUCUUGAAAGCGCUUAAAGAUCCGAAAGCUACAAUCAACAGCUUAUCGAUUGUGAAUACUCCAAUUGAAGAGUUACCAGCUUUUGCAUUGGAUGGAAUUCAAGUGAAACGAUUAUUCUUUCGUAAUAAUGGAAUGCUCGCCAUUCAUCCAGAUGCCUUUAUUGGUUCAUUGAGUGAAACAAUCGAAGAGCUCGAGAUUCGUGACAAUCACCUCGAGCACAUCCCACAAUUAGGAUUACCGAGUUUAGAGAAUUUAAAAAUUCUUACGUUAGCCAACAAUUUUAUCACAAAAAUUGAAGACAAUGCUUUUCUUUCCUAUUUGAGUCGGACAAAGAUUGUGAAGCUUGAUUUAUCAUCGAAUAAUUUGACUUAUCUUCAACCACAAGCUUUACUAGGAUUGGAAUCUUUAAAACAACUAUUUCUUGAUAAAAAUGGUCUCACAAAAAUUCCGACAGAAUCUUUGGAGAAUGUUCAAACUUUGGAAGAGUUGAGCUUGAGUGUGAAUCACAUUGAAAUCGUUGAGGCUAAAUCUCUGCCAUUACCUGGAUUGAAAUCGUUGAGUUUAGAAGUGAAUCAGAUUCGUCAAAUCUACGGAGAAGCCUUCGAAUCGGUGCCCCAAUUGGCCUAUCUCUACUUGGGAAAUAAUCUCUUCUCCAUUAUUGAUCCAACAACAUUUUUCUACCUUAAACAAUUGAAAAUGUUAUCACUGAGCCAUAACAAAGAUUUAACAGAGAUUAAAGUCGAUUCUUUUCAAUUCCUUCCACUAUUGAUCCGAUUGGAGAUGUCUGAUUGCUCAUUGAUCACUAUUUCUCCACAAGCUUUUCACAAAAUGCCAAAAAUUCAAGUCCUUACAUUGAACAGGAAUCAAUUAAUUAAUAUCCCAGCUGCGACUUUUUCUGCCUUUACUGAACUUGUCUCUAUUGAUUUAAGCUCAAAUGCGAUCAACUAUGUUGAGGACUUUGCCUUCAGUCAACUCCCGACACUUGGCCAUUUAGAUUUAAGUGGAAAUCGUUUAGAGACUUUACCGCCACAUAUUCUAUAUGACAGUCUACAUCUUGGUUAUGCUGCGAAGAAAAGAACUCUCUAUUUACAUAAUAACCCAUGGAGAUGUGAUGAUAAUCUGCAAUGGUUGAGGAAAUGGUUGAGAGAGAAUGGGGAUGUACAAACAAGUCCAACAGAUUCAUUGUAUGCUCGAUGUUGGACCCCGGCCAACCUCAGCGGACUUGACAUUCGCCAAACCGACCCAGUUCGUAGCCAUAUGCCCCCAAAAAGUAUUGCUGGAGAAGUGAUGCGCAAAUAUCCGGUGAACCCGCCUAAAACUGUCAAUGUUCCAUUGGAUCCAAACUUGAUGAACCCCGAGCUACCACAGAUUUCUCAAGCGAAUCUUUUAGUGAUUAUUAUGGGAAUCGUUUUUGGUGUUGUUGCUAUUUCACUUAUUGUGAUCAUCACUGCUCGUUAUGCUAAACCGAGCUUCAGUCAAAAGACAAAUCCGAACUCUGCCGCUCCGUCAAUCAACUCGGCUUUCAGCACAACUCUCAGCGGAUCGGCUCUCUUUAACAGUGACGCCUAUCGUCAUCGAUCAGCCACAAAUGCAAAUGUCUUUCUAAAUCGACCCCGAUAUUGGUGGUUC